GGAACCAAAGCAAUAUAUGAAACCGAAAGGGUAAAAUUUGAAGAAAAUAAGAGUGUUUUAAGAUUUCUUUCUACCGAAGUGACAGACGAGAACCAGUACACAUGCAAAAUAUCCAACGAUUUGGGUGUAGACUCCAGAGUAGGAAUGCUUGUGUUUGAGAUGAAACCUACAUCACUUACCGCUUAUUAUUACAUCAUCGGAAUAGUCCUAGUUUGCCUCCUCAUCGCUAUUAUUUACAUCAUUUUCAGGAUAAAGAAAGAUAAGGAACUAAAAAGGAAACUGAAGAGCUUAGGUUUGGAGAACUUCCACAAAGGCAAUCCUGAACAACUUAAUCCUGAAAUUGGUAUUGGAGAUCAAGCAGAACUGUUGCCCUACGACAAAAAAUGGGAAGUGUCAUUUGAUCAAUUAAAAUUGGGUAAACAAUUAGGGUCAGGGGCUUUCGGUGUAGUCGUGAAAGCCGAAGCGAAAAAAUUAAUACCGGGAGAAGAAAAGUCAAUCGUAGCCGUGAAAAUGGUGAAGAAAAAUGCCGACGAAACGUACAUCCGAGCUCUGGCUUCGGAAUUGAAGAUAAUGGUCCACUUGGGGAAGCACGUCAAUGUGGUCAAUUUACUGGGGGCGUGUACAAAGAACGUUGCAAAUAAGGAACUACUUGUAAUUGUCGAGUUCUGCCGAUACGGAAAUUUGCAAAACUAUCUCUUCAAACACCGCGAAUCCUUCAUCAACCAAGUCGAUCAUACCACUGGAAAGGUUGAUUACAACAUAGGUUCCCAUGUUUUGGACAGAAUGUACUCGAUAUCUAGCGAUAAUGGAAGCACAAUAACUACUCCAUAUUCUAUGCAAGACUACAGAGAGAAAGAAAGAAAUGGAGCACUGAACUCAGCAACUACGCAAGUGACAUCUUUAGGAGAGGACCAAGUAACUUUGAGCAACAACAGUAUCCAACCGGAAUGGAGAACCAACUACAGAGGAGAUUACAGGGGCAACGUAAAGCCAGUCUGCACCAAAGACUUGCUGACUUGGUCGUUCCAGAUAGCGCGUGGUAUGGAGUACUUGGCUUCCAGGAAAGUGAUGCACGGCGACUUGGCAGCCAGAAACAUUUUGCUAGCGGACAACAACAUUGUGAAAAUAUGCGACUUUGGCUUGGCCAAGACAAUGUACAAAGACAAUAAUUACAAGAAGAAAGGAAAUGUAAGAAAACAUAUAGGAAAAUAAACAUAAGUUGGCGUG